GCCUCUUCCUGCAAUGACGAGGGGGGAGUGGUCAAGUAUCUGGUCGGUGUACGAAAAGCCGUAAUCAUGUCAGGCACGUCUGCAUGGAUUGCGCUGGCGCGUCUAAAGUGACAAGGCCGCAUUGUUAGCCGCCGCCAAUUCUGCCCAACUUCAAUAUUGUCUCACACACAGCGGAGAGAGCUCAGUAGGGUAGCUGCCGGGUGCUGCUGAAGUUGACGCUCCCAUCGCUCCUGCUGUUUGAGCCAUAAAACUCCAACAUGCCUCCCUCACGCGAUGAAGAGCCACAUCGGCGUAAGAGAUCCUACGACCGCGAUUCGCCAAAAGCCACGUCCAGGGACAAGGAUAGCAAAGAGCGGCUCAAAUCAUCGGCUAGAAAGACAUCCACACGCCGACGCAGUGACGCAAGCAGAGAGUACAGCCCAUCACGCCAGGACAAAUCGACCUUGUCGGAACGCUCAUCGAAAAAGGUCACCAUGUCGAUACCAGAGAUGGAGCGUCGCUCUUCCAUUGGCGAGAAGCGGCCGCAAUCCUAUCCAAACUUCUCAAAGGCUCACAGCAGAGAGGCUGUCGCACCAGCCUCAACCGGUAGCACCGAUGUGCACGACCAACGACCUCGCACUCCAGCAGACACGGCCCACGGUCCUUCACGAGUCCCACCAAGCCCUCCAUUGACGGCAGAAGAGGCAGACCUCCGACGAGCAAAGAGCGGGAACAACGUGAGGAGUCAUACGGACAGAGUCAAGUCGGAGGCCGCUCUCAACUCUAGAAGAAGCAUGGACAACGGACUGCGGGUCAACAUGACGGGCUCUGCAGCGAGCAGUCGCCGGCCAUCACCAUCGAGUGUGUCGGAAGCGUCUGCUCCAAGCACGGGCUCCACAAAGUACAAGGCUCCCUCUCAGCCUGCCUCCACCGUCAGCCAAACCACCAUCGACUCACAAGCCACUUCGAUCGCCCCGGAACGCAAACCUCCUUCUCGCCCUCCACCUGUAUCCGUUGGUCAGCACUCUUCUCCUCAAUCAAGGCCUGACUCGUCACCGCGGACCCCUACCUCGCAAGAUGCAGCUUUACCUUCACAUCCACAUCGUCCCAAAUCCACUCCUGGUAUCGAUGUCUUCCCAGCUGCCUUCUCUCCUCGCUCCGCCCACCUGGACGCUGUUGCUAUGCCUCCUCCACCUCCUCCCCCGCCAAUGGUCUUUUCUCACGAUACUCCUCGCGUCGACUACCUGCUGCAGAAUGGUGGGUUGCCCUAUCUGAUCUCGAAGUCUAUCGUUCCACCUGCCAAUGAUCAACCUGUUCAAUCCUACGCUCAGUACCAGUCGCCUCGCAUACCUUCUGCAAUCGAUGUCCAGCAUAUAUUUGCCCCUGUGAGUGGUCGUCUUGAGGACAUCGGGAAAGUUCUAGGGAAGAGUGGUUCGCUGGCCGUGGCCACAGGAUAUCGCUCCGUCGCAAGAAGAUUGCUGGACCGUCUUGAAGCCGUCUUUGCCCGCAGUAUCUCGCACGAGCGAUGUCAGUGCGUUCUGUGUCUGAAGACUGCCGAGACGACUCUUUCCGACGACGAGGACACGGGAAUAAGCUGGGGUGAGAUCCUAGAAUAUGUCGCCGGCCGGCGAGAACUUCCACAAUGGCCACCGUUCUCUCUUUCUUCCGACACACCUGGCUUCAAUCUUUCAGGGGUCGAACCUAUGCAAAAACUUGAUCCUGACGUCCCGGAUGAAUACCGCGCUCAUUACAUCAAGCAGAACGCAAAGACGAAGCGUUCGGUCCAGGAUUGGCUUGUACGGCAGCCUGAUGCUCCAUCUAGCCCUCCACAGGAAGUUGACGAUGAGACUCUGACCUUCGCUAUACUCACGCACAUUGAGCCCGAACGACGUCCUCUAUUUGCUGCGCUUAUGAAGGGGCUCUCGACCUUGCCUGCCUCAAGAACGCCGACACCUGCCAACGAACCCAAGAACGAAGUCUUGGCCAAGACUGCCGCUGCUCUGCAACGUCUAUAUCGCCUACCGCAACUACCGAGAGACCCAGAGUGUACGAUAUAUCUACUGAACAAUCCACAGCUGCAUAGCAUGCUGGCCACGCUCGCCGCAGUGAGUGCUGGCGAGUGGGACAUCUUGGUAUCUGGCAGAUUCGACGGCUUCCUAUGGAGUGGAGCAGAGGCAGUCCCGCCUUCCGCAGCUUACGGAUCAACCAUGGGGCCAAUGUCUAGGACAACCACCCCAUUCAGCGGAGGCGUGCCCUCCCGCAACACCACCCCCUUCUCGCCUCUUCGCAACGUCAUGUCGCCAGAUCAUACGACCAACAUGUUUCCUUCCCGCGGUACGACUCCAGCUCCUGGUAUGCCUGGCGGUGCUCCAGCACCUGUCCAGAUGGACGAAGAGACCGAAAUUGCCGUGUUGGCUCAGAUGGAGCGUGAGAUAUACCGUGGUAUGGAGGCCUUGGAGGAUCAGUUCGAAGAAUUGCACAGGCAAGCUGAGGCUGUCAGACAGAGACUUCGCGAGCGUAGUGCAGGGCUUGCAAUGGCCGCCAAAGCACGCAGAGGCUCUAUGGCUUCAGAUAUUGGAGUGAGAAUUGGCACGCCGGGGGGGCCAUGGGAUGAUGAACAACAAUCAAUUUUUGACGACGGGAGAUCAGAGCUAGCUCCCGACGACUCUGCCAGCAACAUUGAUUUCGGAAGAAAGAGGAGAUCAAAGCGACACGAACGCAGGACUCCAGCAGUCCCAGAAGAGGACGAGGAAGUCGAGCGCGACUUUGGUAGGAGAAGACGUUGAGGUCGACUUGCUCAGACAGGGGCAAUGCACCUGAGAGUGAGAGCCGAUAACAUAAUGAAACAAAACACACCUCACGACAUGUAUUUAUUGAGCGAAGUUAGAGAUACCCUUACGACGACGACGAUGUGCUGCUUAUCUGGGGACAUUACGCUUGCACAACUAGGAGCGUUUUGGAAGUACUGCUGCAUUAUCGUUUCGAUGCACAGAAUUUGGGAUGAAGAUUAUCAUGAAUGUGCUUUAUUUCUUCUGCUUUAUUUUCCUUUUUCUUUCGGCACACUAGGAAUGCAUCAGCGGGAGAUGGAGCCCAGCAAGGAAGGCGUUCGUACUUUCCGGCUCAAUGUAAUUCAAUGAUCAGUGUUCCUGCUGCUAUACCUCAGACG